AUGGAUAAAGCCAAGCAAGCCAUCAGCGACUUCAUGAGCAAGAGCGGCCAUCAUGACACCACCGUCCAUGAAACCGUGGCCCCUGGCGUCCAGCAUGAGACGAUCAAGCCGCACCGACAUGAAGAAAUCGUCACCGCCAUUGACAAGGAGAUCCACCAAGACCACUACCACCGCACCGUGCAACCAGUCCAGGAUCGCGAGGUCCUCCCCGAGAAGCACACGGACAACUUAGGAGCCGUUACACACCGGGAAUUCGACCACCGCGACCACGAAGGCACCAAGAGGUUCCUCGCAAAAGACCAGGGCGGAUUUAGGAACAAGUCCAUCACUGAGAAGACCACACAUAGCCAGAGUGCAGCUCCCACCAUGGCCGGCGAGCAUAUUCAUCACCACAUCCACGAAACAAUCCAACCAAUAGUCCAGAAAGAAACCGUCCAACCCCACGUCGUCCACACGACGGUGCCCAUCCACGAAACCCACCACAACGCCGCCAAGCACCACGAGACGUCCCACCUGCCCCCCGUCUCGAUGGCCGAGUUCAAAGAGAAGGGCGGCAUCCUCGGCGGCCGCGAGGAGCGGUACGACGGGUUCGAGGGUGAGCCGCGGAACAUUGGCGGCGCGGUCGCUGCGGGCCUGAAGGGCCAUCGCCGCGACGACAGCCACCACGAGCAUCAUGAGCAUGGGGUUGUCGACCCCGAGAUGAAGAAGAGGGCUUCGCAUGGCGAUCAUAGCGAUUUCAUGGGCUUUGGACAUGGGGUUGGGAAGCCGGCUGUUGGUGCAACUGGUGCUGGUACUACUGCGGCGGGUGGAGGGACUGGAAUGGGGGUUGUGGAUGGGGUGAAGGGGAAGAGUGCUACUGAUGCUGCGGCGGCUGAGGGGAGGAGAGGCGUUUCUGCUUGA